AUGCUUAAUAUUAACUCAAAACCUAUAAAUAAGUUAGGAGAUAUUCAAGGAAUGCUACAAUUAACAAUUAAUGGGACUUUUUAUUUUCAAACUUUGAGUGACUUAGAAAAAAAAAACUUCUCAAACACGCUAAUAGAAGAGCUCACACUUAUGAUUCCUGCAGAGAAGGGCAGAUUAGAAUCAAAUGAGUAUCAUCAAUUAAAUAGGUCUUAUCAAACAAAUGUUUUUUAUACAGAUGAUUGUCAUCAAUCUUCUCAAUUAUAUGAGGAUUAUAAAUUUAGAACACUCCCGAGAAUUCUCAUCCCACUAUUCAUUAGUAAGGCAAAAGUUGGUGAAAAAUUGACUGCCACAGAAAUAAAGGAUUUUUUACACCGGUUAAUAGGAAAUAAAGUAUAUACGGGUAUAUCAACGGGAAAUGCUACAAAGUUCUUAGAUAGAGCUUACGGAUUUCAAACUCAAACUUAUCAAGAAACCAAAGAAUCGGAUCAAAAAGUUAAAGAAGAAUCAGAUCUAGAAGUUAAAGAACAUAGUUUAAUAUUCAUUGCAUCAUGGUUGAAUGGUAUACGAACAAUUAAAAGUGUAUCUGGGAACUAUACACAAUCACGCACCAUAUCUUACGUUGACCUCAUGAAAUUGCACUGUUCUCAAACAAGCGUUUCUGAUGUUGUAAGUUAA